GCGCGGCUUUUGCCUCUCGCUCCAGCUUGAGGUCGGUUAGGACCUCACCGUCCGGCUUCCACCAGUCAGGGAGGCCUAGGUGAUUCGGGCAUAGCUUCAGCCUCCGUCGCUCUGUGACUUGCGCUUAUUGGAUGAUUCGUAGCUGAGACUCCGUGACACCCCUGAAGUGGGGAAAUGGAACACUUAACAUUCAGGGAUGUGGCCAUAGAAUUCUCUCCAGAAGAGUGGAAAUGCCUGGAUCCUGCACAGCAGAAUUUAUAUAGAGAUGUGAUGUUGGAGAACUACAGAAACCUGGUCUCCCUGGCUAUGUGUUCUCAUUUCACCCAAGACUUUUUGCCAGUGCAGGAGAUAGAAGAUUCAUUCCACAAACUUAUAUUGAGAAGAUAUGAGAAAUGUGGACAUGAGAAUUUACAAUUAAGAAAAGGCUGUAAAAAGAAGGUACAGAAAGCAGGUUAUAAUGAAUUUAGUCAAUGCUUGUCAACUACCCAGAGCAAAAUAUUUCAGUGUAAUGCACAUGUCAUAGUCUUUAGUAAAUUUUCAAAUUCAAACCAACAUAAGACAAGACAUACUGGAGAGAAACACUUUAAAGAAUGUGGCAAGUCAUCUCAGAAGUUCUCAGACCUAACUCAUAAAGGAAUUCAUGCUGGAGAGAAACCCUACACAUGUGAAGAAUGUGGCAAAGACUUUAAAUGGUAUUUAGUCUUUAAUGAAUAUAAGGUAAUUCAUACUGGAGAGAAACCCUUCAUAUGUGAACAAUGUGGCAACAUCUUUACCACAUUCUCAAACUUUGCUAAACGUAAAGUUCACACUGAAGAGAAAUCUUUCAAAUAUGAAGAAUGUGGCAAAGCCUUUAAUAGGUCCUCAACCCUUACUAAGCAUAAGAGAAUUCAUGCUGAAGAGAAACCCUUCACAUGUGAAGAAUGUGGCAAAAUCAUUACCUCAUCCUCAAACGUUGCCAAACAUAAGAAAAUUCAUACCAGAGAGAAACUCUACAAAUGUCAGGAAUGUGGCAAAGCCUUUAAUAGGUCCACAACCCUUACUAAACAUAAGAGAAUUCAUACUGGAGAGAAACCCUACACAUGUGAAGAAUGUGGCAAAGCCUUUAGUAGGUCCUCAGUUCUGAAUGAACAUAAGAGAAUUCAUACUGGAGAGAAGCCCUACAAAUGUGAACAAUGUGGCAAAGCCUUUAGACAAUCUGCAACCCUUAAUAAGCAUAACAGAAUUCAUACUGGAGAGAAACCCUACCCAUGUGAAGAAUGUGGAAAAGCCUUUAGUCGGUUCACUACCCUGAAUGAACAUAAGAGAAUUCAUACUGGAGAGAAGCCCCACAAAUGUGAAGAAUGUGGCAAAGCCUUUAUAUGGUCCACAGACCUGAAUAAACAUAAGAUAAUUCAUACUGGAGAGAAACCUUACAAAUGUGAAGAGUGUGGCAAAGCCUUUGGAUGGUCCGCAUACCUGAGUAAACAUAAGAAAAUUCAUACUGGAGAGAAACCUUAUAAAUGUGAAGAGUGUGGCAAAGCCUUUAUAUGUUCCAGAGCCCUGAAUAAACAUAAGACAAUUCAUACUGGAGAUAAACCUUACAAAUGUGAAGAGUGUGGCAAAGCCUUUGGAUGGUCCACAUACCUGAGUAAACAUAAGAAAAUUCAUACUGGACAGAAACUUUAUAAAUGCGAAGAGUGUGGCAAAGCCUUUAGACGUUCUAGAGUCCUGAAUAAACGUAAGAUAAUUCAUACUGGAGAUAAAACCCCCAAAUGUAAAGGAUGUGGUAAAGCCUUUAAGCGGCCCUUAUAUCUUAAUCAACAUAAUAAAAUUUUUACUGGAGAGAAACUCUAGAAAUAUGAAGAAUGUGGCAAAGCCUUUGAAUGAUCCACAAACCUGAAUGAACAUAAGAACAUUUAUACUGGAAAUAAACUCUACAAAUGUGAAGAAUGUGGCAAAGCCUUUGAAUGAUCCACAAACCUGAAUGAACAUAAGAACAUUUAUACUGGAAAUAAACUCUACAAAUGUGAAGAAUGUGGCAAAGCUUUUGGAUGGUCCACAAUCCUGAAUGAAAAUAAGAGAAUUCAUACUGGAGAAAAACCCUACAAAUGUAAAGAAUGUGGGAAAACCUUCAAACAGUCCUCAUACCUGAAUCAACAUAAGAAAAUUCAUGCUGGAGAGCAACCCUACAAAUGUGAAGAAUGUGGCAAAGCUCUUGGAUGGUCCACAACCCUGAAUGAACAUAAGAAAAUUCAUAUGGGAGACAAACCCUACAAAUGCAAAGAAUGUGGGAAAGCCUAUAAACAGCCCUCACCCAUGAAUAAACAUGAGAAAAUUCAUAAUGGAGAGAACCCCUACAAAUGUAAGGAAUGUGGCAAAGUCAUUACGUCAUCAUCAAACUCUGCUAAACAUAAGAGAUUUCAUACUGGCAAGAAACCAUAUAAAUAUCUAGAAUGUCAUAAAACCUUUAAUAGCUUCACAACCCUAAUUAAACAUAGGAUGAUUCAUACUGGAGAGAAACCCUACACAUGUGAAGAAUGUGGCAAAGCCUUUAGACAGUCCGGAAACCUUUAUGUACACAGGAGAAUUCAUACUAGAGAUAAAAUAAUACAAAUGUAAAGGAUGUGGAAAAGCCUUUAUGCUGUACUCCAGCAUUCUUAAACAUAAGAGAACUCGUACUGGAGGAAUGUCUUACCAAUAUGAAAAAUGUGGCAGUCUUUAAAUGCUCCUCAAUCCUUUCUAAUCAUAAGAUAAUUCAUAAUGGAGAGAAACUCUACAAAUGUGAAAAAUGUGGGAAAGCUUUUAACCAUACCUCUCUGUUCUAAACAUAAGAUAAAUGACAUUGGUGAGAAGCCAUAUGAAAAUUUAAAAUGUGGCAAAGACUUCAAAUUCUUUUUUUUUUUUGAGA